AAUAAUACUCUGUCUGACCAUGGCUUCCUCGAGCAGUUCAAACUCGGAGUCAAUCAGGAACCCCCCAAAACGGAACAAAACCCCCAGGAAGAAACAAGCCUGCCUGAAGAUUCCGAUGAGAUCUUCCAGAAGAUGAAGGAAGGAGGUCUCAUUCCUAACGCCGUCGCCAUGCUUGACGGCCUCUGCAAAGAUGGGCUUGUACAGGAGGCCAUGAAGCUUUUCGGGUUGAUGCGUGACAAGGGUACAAUCCCUGAGGUCGUUAUCUACACUGCUGUCGUCGAGGGCUUUUGCAAGGCUCAUAAAAUUGAGGACGCUAAGAGGAUUUUCAGGAAAAUGCAGACCAAUGGGAUCUCCCCAAAUGCCUUCAGUUAUGGUGUCUUGGUUCAGGGAUUGUAUACUUGCAACAUGCUAGAUGAU